CUGUGUAGUGAAAUCAUGACAGGAUGCUCCUCUUUUGACAGCUACUUUAAGCAUUUUCUUUCUGAUAUCAUGUCCACAUCUCCCAGAAAAAACCCUUCCUUGGCCUCACUUGCUUCGGUCAAUGAAAAAGCCUCUACAGUCACCCACAGCUGUUCUAACACUUCAUGGGAGCUGCAUGCAGAUGAUUUCACCAAAGAGUUGUCUUGCGUUCUGUGUCUUGAACUGUUUAAAGAACCAGUCAUCCUCCCCUGCGGCCAUAACUUCUGUAGACAAUGUCUAGAGACUACAUGGGAAAAAAAGGGCGUAUUCUGCCCAGAAUGCCAUGCAAAUGUUCCUGAGCAAAAGUUCAUAUCAAACACUGCCCUGGAGAAAAUGGCGGAUAAGAUUAAGACCUUCCAUGUCGGUUGCCUGCAACAGAAAUGCAUUGAACAUAGUGAGCCACUAACCCUGUAUUGGAAGCCACACGAAAAACUAGCCUGCUUCACAUGCCGAGAAGCUCAGAUGCCGAAAGAUCAAAGCACACAGUUUCUUCUCAUCCCAGAUGCUGUACAGAUCUAUACGGAAAAGCUGCUCAUGUUGAGAAUUCAACUCAGAUCCAUCUUGAUGAAGCUAGAGGUGUUGAAGAAUGCCCAGGAAGAAAAGAUUAGUAAUCACAAAGAGAACAAAUUACAACUUCAGUAUCAUAUCUCCUUGGAAUUCCUAAAACUGCACCAGUUUCUUCACAGCAAGGAAAAAAAUGUUAUAAAUCAGUUAAAAGAUGAGAGUGAAAUCCUCCUUCAAGAAAUGGAGGCGAAUCUCAAUAAACUCCAAGAUCGAACCCAGAAUGCUAAGGAUACUCUGGUCUGCAUUCAGGCUCGGCUGUAUCAGCAGAAUUCUGCUGGCUUCUUGAAAGGAAUAAAAGCUUUUAUAGAAAGGAUGGAACUGAAAACUGAAAAUUCAUCUCUUGGUGAACUGGUGACUGCUACUCUGAGUACAGGGGUAUUCAAGGGCCCCAUGCAUUAUUCUGUGUGGAAGGAGAUGAAAUCCAUUCUUUGUCCAGACAUAUCCUGCAUGACUCUGGACCCCAAAACAGCACAUCCAAACUUGGUUCUCUCUGAAGAGCUAACCUCUGUGUAUCACAGUGACAUAAAGAAGACACUUCAAGACACUCCAGAAAGAUUUGAUUGUAGUGUUUCUGUCCUGGGCUCAGAAGGAUUCACCUCUGGGAAGCACUACUGGGAAGUGGAGGUACAAAAGAAGACUAAAUGGACACUGGGAGUUGUAAGAGAGAGUAUUAACCGUAAAGGGAACUACCCACUGUCACCCAAAGAGGGUCACUGGCUCAUAAAGCUAAGGAAUAAGGAUGAGUUCACGGCUGUAGAUAUACAGCCAAAAUGUCUGACCCUGGACAACGUUCCCUGUAGAAUUGGGAUAUUUUUGGAUUAUGAAGGUGGUCAGGUGUCCUUUUAUGAUACUAACCAAACGUCUCACAUCUACACUUUCACAGACACUUUCACAGAGAAACUCUACCCAUAUUUUUGUCCAUGCUUGAAUGAUGCUGGAAAAAACAGCGAACCACUGAGAAUUGUUGGUUAUAGUAUGUAGACAAAUGGUAAGAAUAAAGUCCAUAUGGAAAAACAGAUCUCUUAUGGUCUAUGAAUUACUACACACAGGCAGCUUUUAGGAUCCAGUGCUACAGUUCCAGUACCAAUGAAAGGGGAUAGUUGGUGACUUUGGACACCUCUUAGGACCCUACUUCAUCUUUACAACUGGUGCAAAACCACCCAUUGGAAUUCUGGCACUGAUUAUUAUCCUUAACCUUCCAGUAGUACAGCUCUGCAGAUUUUAAUACAGAAUUUUAGUUCUGUCAUGUCUGAAAAGGUAUCAAGAACCCACAGCCUGUGGCACCACAAUUUAGAUCCAUAGACUCUGUGUGCUGAUAAUUCCUAGCCAUAGAGUCAAACAGGAAAGAGGUUCACUUCAGGGGAGCUGUCUGUAGUUAAUGUAUCUACAGUCCAUUCUUUAAACAACAGCAAAAAUUAAAACUAAGGAAAUAAUAAAAACCUUUGCACAUUCAUUUUGCAAAGCAAAUUUAGAUCCUUGUUAAAAUUGUCCAAAUAUACAUUUAUUAUAAAAAAAAUAACUUAGAACAUGGAUGAUUUGCAUUUUUGGACUACAGCCCCCAGAAUUCACAGAAAACAUGGGAAUGCUGGCUAGGAAUUUCUUGGAGUUGUAGUCCAGCAAAGUGAUUUUACAGACUCUGAAUUCAGCAAUAGGGGCAAAGUUUAGUGGAAAUUUCAACUUAUUCAAAACAGAAGCAAAAAUGAAAAGAUGUAAAGACUCUUAAGAGCUCUGGAUUUUGGAAAGUAAUAGCUGAGCAAAUAACUAACCUCAAACAAAGAUUUAAGUGGAGUCUUUUGUAUUGGUUUGAUUAAAUCUAAUAAAAGAGCAACUAAAUUC